UAAAGCCACCCGUUUCAGUUGUUGUAACAGUCCAAAAGAAAUCAUAUGUUGACAGAGUAUGAUCAUGGAGAAAAACAUAGCAUGUUUGAUAAAAAUAAUCUCGAAAAACCUACAUGUUUUUUUCAGGCGUUUAUUCUCUUUAAAGAGUUUUUAUACCACCGAAUCCAUCAAAAACAAGAAAUUGUUGGGAAGCUGCUUUUCCUCAGCAAAAAGCUAUUAAGUAGUAAUACAUUCCAUAAUGACUGUAAUAGAAAACAAUUUAUCUCAUGUUUAUUAAUUUCGGAUUUAUGGAUACAGUGUAAUAGCUUUGCGGCAAACCUUUUGACUUAUCAGUUCACUGAAGAAUUUAAAGACAUUUUGUAAAAAUUGAAAUGUUUGAAAAAAAUCAUCCUUUUAAACCUGGUUCCUAUUGCCGUGCUGUAUCAGAAUUUAUUUCAAUGAUUACAAUCACGAAUAAUAAAUAGUGAUCCGGAAGUAAAUAUUGAAUUAAAAC